CGGCCGCCGCGUCCCCGCCCCUCCGCCAUGGCCGAUGUGGAGGACGGGGACGAGCCAGGCGCCCCCCACUCGCUGCCGGGCUCCGCGGGCUCCAAGGCGGGCGGCCCCGACAAGAUGUUCUCGCUGAAGAAGUGGAACGCGGUGGCCAUGUGGAGCUGGGACGUGGAGUGCGACACGUGCGCCAUUUGCCGGGUGCAGGUCAUGGAUGCCUGUCUUAGAUGUCAAGCUGAAAACAAACAAGAAGAUUGUGUUGUGGUUUGGGGAGAAUGCAAUCAUUCCUUCCACAACUGCUGCAUGUCCUUGUGGGUGAAACAGAAUAAUCGCUGUCCCCUCUGCCAGCAGGACUGGGUAGUCCAGAGAAUAGGCAAAUAAAAACUGGAAGUUUUUUGUCUGUUGAACUUGUUGAAAUAGUGUGUGUCUUAUGCCAUAUGCUCAGUGCAAAAGAACGGAACAUGUCAAUCACAACAUGACUUGUUUAGUUUGUCUGCUGCAAAGGUCAGUGUGGGUUUGAUUUGUGCUCUUUGCUGUAGGAGGAGGCAAUGGUCAGUGUUACUGCAGGUGUUCUACAACUGAAAGGAGAGACACUACGUUAAAAUGUAUCUGCUACAAAUAACAUGUUACCUUUAGCAGAGCACAGAAGUGUGGUGGUGCAGAUUAUACCCUAAUUUAAUGUUUUUCCAUAGAUAAAUGAAUUAAUUGAAAGGAUUACCUUACCUGUAAGUCUGAUACACUGCAUAGUUUACUGUCAAGAUAAGGAAAAUGUUUUCUAAGUAAUAUUUUAUUCAAAAACACAGUCAAUGUGUUUUUUAGGAACUAUUUUGGUUUUUAAUCUAAAAUGAAGAGUGUGUAAAACAUUUACAAUGUGCUUUUUCCAUCACGCUGUAUUAAACAUUUCUAAUUCAGGUUUUCUUUAUGACUUUUGUUGUAUCUCUAAGUCUGCUGCUCUGUAAUAAUCUGUACAUAAUUUCUACACCAUAAUAUUAAAAUUUAACCACAUUAAUAAUUUUUUAUUUAUAUUUCUGUUAACGAUCAUGGAGACAUGUAUUUUUAAUCCAGAGAGAUUUGGUACAAAGACAUGGAUUUCAUAUCAGUUAACUAGAGGUGUAGACAAUCUUGCUGGUUAGCUCACUAAUAUAGGAAGCAAACAAAAUGGAUAAUUGAAAUAUCCCAAGGAAAACAAGCACUAACUAAAUCCAUGGGAAAAAAUGUUUAGUUGUGGUUUCAUGAAAAUUCAGUUAAUAGAAAUUUCUUUAUUAUCUUUUUACUGAUUACAGUGUUUUGGAAGCAUUGUUUCAUUUUUGUGGAAAUCCUCAAUAUAUCAUCUUUUUUAUAUGAAUUGCGAUCUUUUUCUUACAAAUAUUUAAGUGCUUGCCUCUGACUUUGUCUUUUCCCUAAAUAUCCAAAGUAAUUACUAUUAAUCUGAACAUAUGCUGUGGGGUGUUUUUAGUAUGUGUAAUGGAGAGGUAGAAUUACUGCUUUAAGUCUGUAACAAAUUCAGGAUUAAUAAAAUGGUUAAUCAACAUGGGUAAAAUUGAAGCAAUAUUAUAUGCAUUGUUUACUUCAGAAUUAUCAUCUUAAAUGUUUAAUGUGUUUCUCUGCAGAUGUACUUCUAUCUGGUUCUGUUUAAGUACAUUUAAAGAGGUUUAUCUUCACUGUAUAAAGUAGUUCCAAUGGCAAUCUUUGUGUCAUCAAACAUUUAUUCAGAGUUUUCUGUGGUUUUGUUUAUUACUUGUAAUCUUGUUUUUAAGAUGUUUUAAAUUUUUUAAAUACAGCUUUUGUCUCAUUACACACUGAGAUCAAAAAAAUCCUCUGUGUCACUGUUACACUGUGUCACAACCCUUGUCAUUAUCCCAGAUGAUGUCUGUCUUUUAACAGUAGUAAUGAAGUGCCUAUAGCAUUUACAUUGUUGAGGAGUAUUUCUGCUUGUGUACAAGUAUUCCCAAAAUUUUUGCAAAAAAAAGUAUGAGUGGAUGUGGAAAUAAAUUUUAGCUUGUCAUAGUUAAACUGUA